UCCUUGUGAUAGUGAUAUGAUUGGCAGCUGAAUCUUUCAAUUUGCGUACAUUUUCUUAGAAUUUUCAUGGAAGACUACAGCUCAUUCCGUAUCUAUCAACAUCUUCCUGGAACUAUUCUACAGCUCAUAACAUAUCUAUCAUCUUCCUGGAACUAUUCGUUUACUAAGAGAGUCAAUGUCUUAAAGUCCUACCAAAGCAUCACCUUCUGUCUCUAUAUAUUUAGGUGUAUGUAUUGUUGCAGGAGUGGCAUUCCAUAAAUCUUAUAUAUCCCUUGGUUUCAUAAUUUUCAGAGUCAAGAAAAUCAUUCUCGUUAGUCUUGGGAUCCUCUCUCGUUUCAGAGCCAUGGACACUCAAGCAUUUACCCCAGACAACUCAAUAGAUGAGGUUGAUGAACGAGAUGCACAAGAGAAAGCGAUAGACGAAUGGCUUCCAAUAACUUCUGCUAGGGGUGCAAAAUGGUGGUAUUCAGCUUUCCACAAUGUUACGGCAAUGGUUGGAGCUGGAAUUCUCAUUCUCCCUCAUGCCAUGUCACAACUAGGAUGGGGCCCUGGAGUGGGUGUACUCGUAAUGUCUUGGAUUAUCACUUUAUACACUCUAUGGCAAAUGGUUGAAAUGCAUGAAAUGGUUCUUGGGAAACGUUUCGACAGAUACCAUGAACUUGGACAACACGCAUUCGGUGAAAAACUUGGUCUUUACAUUGUAAUACCUUUACAGCUAGUUGUUGAAGUUGGUGUAGGCAUAGUUUACAUGGUUACAGGAGGAAGUUCUUUGCAGAGGUUUCAUCAAUUAGUGUGCGAACAUUGCAAGGAGAUUAAGCUAACCUAUUUUAUCAUGAUCUUCGCCUCUGUUCAAUUUGUGUUGUCUCAUCUUCCGAACUUCGAUUCCAUCUCUGGAGUGUCUUUGGCUGCAGCUGUCAUGUCCUUGAGUUACUCAACUAUUGCUUGGGGGGCAUCACUGAACAGGGGCGUAAAACCAGACGUGCAAUACGGCUAUAAAUCUAAAACCACAGCAGGAACUGUUUUCAACUUCUUCAAUUCCUUGGGUAGCAUUGCUUUUGCUUAUGCUGGUCAUAAUGUGGUCUUGGAGAUUCAAGCUACAAUGCCUUCUACACCAGAGAAACCAUCUAAAGGACCUAUGUGGAAAGGGGUGAUUGCAGCUUAUGUAGCCGUUGCAAUCUGCUACUUCCCUGUGGCUCUUAUCGGGUAUUGGAUUUUUGGGAAUAAGGUCGAUGAGAACAUUUUUAAGUCCUUAGAAAAGCCCUGGUGGUUAAUUGCCAUGGCUAACCUGUUUGUUGUCGUUCAUCUCAUUGGGAGCUACCAGAUUUAUACAAUGCCAGUUUUCGAUAUGAUAGAAUAUUUACUCGUAAAAAUACUGAAAUUCAAGCCUAGUUGGAUGUUACGAUCUAUUUCGAGGAAUAUUUACGUUGCAUUUACUAUGUUCAUUGGAAUUACCUUACCUUUCUUCGGUGGGCUUCUCGGGUUUUUUGGUGGAUUUGCUUUUGCCUCAACUACUUACUUUCUUCCUUGUAUCAUUUGGCUAGCUAUUUACAAACCAAGGAAAUUCAGUCUAUCCUGGUUUACUAACUGGAUUUGCAUUGUUCUUGGAGUUAUUUUGAUGAUUGUAGCCUCUAUUGGAGGAUUAAGGCAGAUUAUUGUGAAGGCGAAGAACUACGAAUUCUACUCAUAAGUUAAAGAAGUUUAAGAAAUUCCUCGUAGAAUUUCUCGAAAACAAAAAUAACUUAACUGGAAGGAAUUCUGGCCAUGUAGUUAGACGAAGAUAAUAUUUUGGGGCUUUCCACUGCUUCCGGACUUCUAUUUCUACAUUUAAACUGUGUGCAUACAAUUGUCUUUCGGACUUUCUUAUAGGUAAUCCCUCAUGUUAGGUAAGGAAGGUUUGAUAGCACUGAACAUUAUAUGGGAGAAGAGAAGCUAAAAUUUUAUUAUGAUA